AUGCUGGGGGCCAAGGCAAGAGAUGAAUUUGAAAAGACUGAACUUGAGAAGCUGACAUUCCUAAGAUCUUUGUCUUCUCUCAGCCAAACUUUACCCUAUGAUGAAACCACAGAAUCAUUCAUUCACAGCCACAUAGCAGACAUUGUGCAUAUCCUAAAUAGGCUGGUGGAAGAGGAACCCCUGCAUUCUCUCUUCAGCCCUGUGCGCCAGGAGGUCUUUGUCACCAUCACUGACCUCAGUUACCAAGAUGUCCAUUUGCUGUUUGGCUCUGAAGAUAGAACUGACUUGUUCAGUCUUAUCAUGAAAAGUAUAAUCACUCUGCCAUCUGUAAAGACUCUUACCCAGCUACAGGACAUCAUGCCAAGUGGGCCCUACAACUCAGAGUGUCUCUACAGGCAGACGUUUCAGGCAUUCUCGGAGAUGCUCCAGAGUUUGGUGGUAAAAGACCCACAUUUGGAAAAUCUUGACACCAUUUUUAAGCACAUGGACCCCUGGUUACAGUCAAUCAAAGACCAUGAGCGGGAACGGGCCACAGCCAGCAUGGCUCAGGUUCUGAAGUGCUUAUCCAGACAUCUCAGCUUAAAGCUUCCACUGCAAUUCCAGAGACUUGGACACCUAGUGGCUCUGAUGGCGCUACUGUGUGGGGACCCCCUGAAGGAGGUGGCCAAGGAGGCUGCAGAGGGCAUGCACUACCUGCUGCAUAUCACCCUGAGGCUGAAGUGUAAGGCACUGCUGAAUGCAGCAAGGCCCUGAAUAAAUCCUCUAGCACAAC